AUGAAUCAAUAUGUAAAUAAAAAAUUUACGAAUCAGUACAAGGCGACAAUUGGAGCCGAUUUUUUAACGAAAGAAACCAUAGUUGACAAUGAACACCUAACAAUGCAAAUAUGGGACACGGCAGGACAAGAGCGCUUUCAAAGCCUGGGGGUAGCUUUUUACAGAGGGGCCGAUUGCUGUGUGUUAGUUUUUGACUUAACGAAUUACAAAACAUAUGAAUCAUUGGAGUCGUGGAAGGACGAAUUUCUGAUUCAGGCCAGUCCAAAGGAUCCAGACAAUUUCCCCUUCGUCAUAAUUGGAAAUAAAGUUGACGAGACGAAUAAGAGAAAGGUUCAAUCGCUUAAAGUUCUGCAAUGGUGCAAAUCGAACAACAAUAUUCCCUAUUUUGAGACGAGCGCAAAAAACGCAAUUAAUGUGGAUCAGGCAUUUGACGAAAUUGCUAGAAAGGCCAUGAAACAAGAAAACCAGGAGGAGCAAAUGUAA